AUGCAAUCCAACAUCUUGAUAAUAUACAUUUAUUUUGGUAUUAUUCUUACUUCAGCGUACGAUACAGACGUUGAUACAGACUUUGAUACAGACUUUGAUACACACUUUGAUACAGACUUUGAUACCGACAGUGCCGAGGAAUACGAUGAGUCCGAUGAGAAUUAUAGCGAAAGAAAACUACUAAUGAUGGAAAGAGAACUAAGGGAUUACUUAGGAUAUUAUAGUAAUUUCGUUUCUGAGAGAGAUAGCGACUGGUGUCCCAAGAAGUGUGAUAAUGCAAAUGAAAUUUAUGAGAGUCCGAACUUGAGGUCAUAUUGUACUUGUGACCAUAACAAACAUACAAUUAGACACGAUUGCCAAGAACGUGAAAUUUUCAACAGCAGUCUUGGAUUUUGUCACGAACUACCUGGCAAAGGAAUUAGUUCCUGUAUUAUAAAGAAUCAAAAUUGCCCAAGAAAUCAGCGAGGUAUCAUACGACACCCGAAUAAUAAUUUUUUCCAACAUUAUAUAUUAUGUAUGGACGAUCUAGUUAUAGCUGCAAAAUGCGAUGAUAUGUAUUACUAUGACGAUGAAGAAAAAACAUGUAAAAGAAUGCACAUAGAUAAUACAUAUUUAGCAGUAUCGGACUGUCCUAUUGUCCCGAAAAUCGAAUGCGAAAAAACUGGAAUUACACCAAUGACGCACUACGAGUAUUUACUUCAGAAUGAGAAAGUACGAUGCAGAAAUUGUUUCUACAUGUGUAGUAUCAGAGAUAUUCAUACAUUCGAGUUGAAAAUAACUUGCGAAAGUAUAAUCACUUAUGUGGCUGGUCAAUGGGUUAACACAAGCAAACCAGAUUCACAAGUUAUCGAAAUCAGAACUACUCCGCACCAUGGCCGUGAUUCAAAUGAAGACAUGCAGAAAACCACAACCAAUCGAUAUGAGGAUAGCUCAUAUGCGACCAAAGACAGUGGAACUCGAUCUACUUGGAAAGAAUAUAUAACCAAACCUCACGGACUAGAUCACACUACAAAACAUGGUCAUCAUUCGACUAGAUCUGAAUAUACCGCGAGCGAGAGCACUACAGACAAAAGUAAAGGAACUACACAAUCAGAUAAUACGAAUUCAAUAAGUUCAUUAACUACCGGAAGAAAGAGAACUACAGAAAACUUUGCUGAAAACAAUAAUGAUAAGGGUUCAUCAUUCUCUGGAACAGAACGAAGUACAUCAGAUAUCUCAGGGGAACAUACCAACAGCGGAGGAAUUUCAAUCACAGAAGGUGAAAGAACUACUGAGAAAUAUACAAGAAAACCAGAUUCACAUGUUAUCGUAGACAAAACUACUCCACACCACGGCCAUGAUACAAAUGGAGACACUCAUAAAACCACAACCAAUCAAUAUGAGGAUAGUUCAUAUGCGACCAAAGAUAGUGGAACUCGUUCUACUUGGAAAGAAUAUAUAACCCAACUUGACGGACGAGAACACACUACAGAACAUGGUCAUUAUCCGACUAAAUCUGAAUAUACCGUGAGCGAGGGCACUACACACAAAACUAAAAUAACUACACAAUCAGAUCAUACGAAUUCAAGAAGUUCAUUAACUACUGAAAGAAAACAAACCACGGAAAACUCUGAUAAAACCAAUGAUGAUACGGGUUCAUCACUUUCUGAAAGGGAACCUGGUACAUCAGGCGAUACAACCAAAACUUUUUCAUCAACUACCAGAAGCACAGGUUUCUUAGAUGAGCAUACCACAAUCAACAGCGGAGGAAUGUCAACCAGAGGAAGCGAAAUAACUACUAAGCAAUAUACAAGCAAACCAGAUUCACAAGUUAUCGAAAACAAAACUACUCCGCACCAUGGCCGUGAUUCAAAUGAAGACAUGCAGAAAACCACAACCAAUCGAUAUGAGGAUAGCUCAUAUGCGACCAAAGACAGUGGAACUCGUUCUACUUGGAAAGAAUAUAUAACCAAACUUGACGGACGAGAACACACUACAGAACAUGGUCAUCAUUUGACUACAUCUGGAUAUACUACUACACAAUCAGAUCAUACGAACUCAAGGAGUUCAUCAACUACCGAAAGAAAACGAACUACAGAUAACUUCGCCAAAACCAAAGAAAGCGAAAGAACUACGCCGAAUGAAGGAUUCGGUGGCACUAGAGUAACAGUUGGAUACACUUCAAUAAAUAGUGAACAUGAUGAGACAUCACCAAAACUCACAACUAUAACAAAGGGUUAUGUAACAAGUAAAGGUGACAGUAGUUCUACCGAAGGCCAAAGAACUACAGAAGAAUAUAAUACAAUCAGAAGUAGUUCAUCGGAUAUUGAUAAAGAAAAAACUAUACUGGAAAAUACGGAUAAGACUGGGCCAUCAACUACCGGAGGUGAAAAAGCCACAGGAAAAUAUAGUACCAUCAAUAGUGCCAGUAGUUCAUUGAUAACUGAAAGUGGAGGGAAUACACCAGACCAUGGUUCAUCAACUACCAGAGCCAAAGAAACCACAGUGGAGUAUACUACAAUCGAUAGUAGUUCAUCAAUAUCCAAAAUUGGGACCAUAACAGAACCUACAACAUCAACCGAAGGAAACGAAAAAGCUACUAAAGAAUAUAUCACAGUCACUACUGAUCUUGAUAAAACGAUUACGGAAAACGGGGGAAUUACAACAAUGAACUGGUUAUCAACAACAGAAAACAAUGAAACCAAACAGGACCAUACCACAAUCAAUAGAGGGAGCAGUUCACCAAUAAGUGAAAGUGACAAAAAUGAAGCGAAACAUACAACUGUUAGCAUAUCAUCUACUAUAUCAAGUCAACUAAUUACACAGGAACAUACUACAAUCAAUGAUGGCAGCAGUUCAUCAGUCACUAGAAGUGGGGAAGCUACACCAAACCCUAUAACUAUGAGUAGUUCAACAAAUAGUGAAGGCGCAGGAACAGAAAACCAUAUAACAAUUAAUAAGGACGAUAGUUCAUCAAUUACUGGAAUUGGAGAGACUACUCCAGAAGAUACAACAAUUACUAUUUCAUCAACUACCAGGAUCGAAGAAAUCACACCAAAGUAUACCACUUUGAGAAAUUCAUUAACCACAGGAAGCGAAGCAACUACCGAACAAUAUACUAUAAUAAAAGAUGACAGUACUUCAAAAAUUAUCGAGAAGAAAACUACACCAGACCAUAUAACCGUGAGUAUUUCAACUACCACAAACGAAGGAACCACAGAAAAAUAUACUACAACCAAUAAUGGCAGACAAGACGAUAGUAUUUCCGAAAGUGAGGAAAGUGAGGAAAGUGAGGAAAGUGAGGAAAGUGAGGAAAGUGAGGAAAGUGAGGAACAUACUAAAUCAAUUCAUGAUAGUGAAGAUAUAACAAUGAGCGAUUCAUCAACUACCGGAAGAAAAGAAAUCACAAAGGGAUAUACUGCAAUCGAUAGUGGCAGUAGUUCUGAAAACAUUGAAAUCAAAGGAACCACAUUGAAUUAUUGGACUACUGAAAGAAGAGGGGUUACAGGGGAAUCCACAACUUUGAAUCGAUCAUCAUCUACCGACGACGAAAAAACUUCACCAAAACAGACUACAUUUGGUGGUAGAAGUUCAACAGCUACGAUAGGCGAAGGAACCAGAGACUCCAAAGAAGAAUAUAUUAGUAGCGGUAGUUCAUCAGUAACUGAUAGUGAACAGAGAGAAACAUAUACAACAAUAAGCGGAUCAUCAACUUUAGAAAGCGAAAAAAGCACAAGAACAUAUACUACAAUUAUUAGUGGAAGUGGUAGCGAAGAAACUACAUCAAACCAUACAACUGAAAAUGAGUCAUCAAGUAACGGAAACGAAAAAUCAACAAUAGAACAAACUGAAAUGAAUAGUGACAGUUCUUCAUUGAGUAUUAGAAGUGAAGGCACUACGCGAUACUAUACGACAAUGAGUGAAUCAUUCUCUACCCCAACAGUAUAUAUCACGAUUAAUAGUGGCAGGAGUUCAACUGGAAACGAAGGAUCAAGACCACAACAUACAACUUCAAGUAGUACACUAACCUCAGGAGUUGAAAGAAUCACAGGAAAAUAUAAUACAAUUGAUGGUAGCUUUAGUUCAUCAACUAUCGAAGAAGAAACUACACUGAAUCUUAGUAUUUCAUCAUCUACCAAAGGCGAAAGAGUUACAGAACUCACAGGAGGAUAUACUACUGCUACUGAUAGCGAAGAAACUACCGAAAUAACUACACUGAAAAAUACCACUACAAGCAUGUCAUCAACUACUAGAUACGAAGAUGCCACACAGGAUCAUACUACAAUCAACAAUAGUGGUAGUUCAACAAUUAUCAAAAAUGAAGGAACUACGAAAGACCAUGAUACUUUGAGUAGUUCAUCAACCACAGAUGGAAAAACCAUUGGAGGAUAUACCACAAUCGAUAGUAGUAGUAGUUUAUCAAUCAAUACACCACAUCAUGCAACUAUAAGUAGAUCACCUACUACCAAAGGAGAAGGAACGACGGGAAAAUCAUUCGCUAGUAGCAGUAGCACAUAUAUUAUUGGAGAAACAACAAAAAAAGCUGGGGACGAAAAAACAACAGAAGAAUAUAAUACAAUAAAAAUUGGUAGUCGAUCACCAAUUACUCAUAACGAAGAAACUACACCAAAGUAUGCAACUACAAUUAGUUCAACAGCAGUCAGAAAUGAAGAAACCACGAAUGAAUAUACGUCAAUCGAUAGUGGUAAUACUUCAGUAAUGAUGGAAAGCGAUGAAACCACAUUAGGAAGUGGAAGUAUCACAGGAGAAUAUACCAUAUUCAAUGGUGUCGGCAGUUCAUCAGUUAUUACUGAUAGCAAACAAACUACAUCAAAACAGACAACUACCGUAAUCAGUGGAACCACGAGAGCAUAUAGAACGACAGAUAGUGGCAGUAGUCCACCAAUUAUUGAAAGUGAAGAAACUACACUGGUACAUUCAAGUAAGUCUUCAACUAUGGGAAUAAGAAAUUCUGGCAGCAGUACAUCAGCCACUGAAGAAUACACUACUUUCGAUAGUGGCAAUAGUAUGAUAACUGAAAGCGAAGCAACUACAUCAGAUUAUACGACUAUUGAUAGUUCAUCUCCUUCUGAAAGCGAAAAAACAACAGAGAAAUACACUACAAACAAUGAUAAUAGUAGUUUAUCAACUAUUGAAAUCACAGAAAGUACAUCAAAACAUACAGUAAUCAGUUUAUCAACGACGAAUAUCGAGGAUAGUUCUGAUGAAAGUAUUUCAUCAACUUCCGGAAGAGAAGGAACUGCAGGAAAAUAUUCCACAGUCAAUGGUAAGGAUUCUUCAGUUACCAAAAACGCAGGUGAAACCACAACCAUAAGUAGUUCACCUACAACCGGAAGUAAAAGGACUACAGUUGCAUAUACUCCAAUGAAUACUGGGAUCAAUUACGAAUCAACUACCAUUAGCGAAGUAACCAAAGAGGAAAGUACUUCAAUGGAUAGUGGUAGUAGUAUAUGGAAUCCAGAAAGCGGAAUAACUACACCAGUGUAUGCAAGCACAAAAAGUUCAUCGAGUACCGAAAGAAAUGAGGCAACAUCAACACAAGAACAACGUACUUCCAUUUAUGACAGAAGAUCAACUACCGGAAGUGAAGGAUUCACUCCAGAUCAUACGAGUCCGUCAUCAUCCAGCACAAGAUGGAGAACCACUGAGGAAUAUGCAGAAUCAACAAACAAUCUAUCAGAUAGACCAUGUCCUUCGGAAGGCUUUUUUCGUUACAAUUUUUCUUGCUCUUCACAUUACGAAUGCUAUUACAGCAAUAUACACAGAAGAAUUGUAGCAUCAAGGGUGUACGAAUGCCCAAAAUGCCUCAAAUUUAACGCAAAAGCUCGUAGAUGUGACCUGCCAGAAAAUGUAGCAGAAUGCAGCAUCCAUGAACCAAACUACCAAUACUUGAAAAGUCACCUUCUCACUAAGCCUGUGAGAGUUUGCAGUGGGCCAGGAAUAUUUGCAGAUCCCUCAGAUGAUGGAAAAUUUUACAAAUGUAUCGAUAUUCUAGAUGAGAAAAUCAAUUAUUUGACAGUUUCAUUUUGCCCAAAUGGAACGAAAUUCAACCCCGACACGCAGCAAUGUGAUCAGCAUUAUGAAAGGCAAAAAAAUUACAAUGUAUUCGGAGAUUGCAAAUUGACGAACUAUGCUUUCCACAAGUUCAGUUGUCAGAGAUUCUUCUAUUGUGUUGAUGAUACAAAACCUGUUGAACUAAAAUGUCUUGACGGAUACAUGUUUAAUGGACAAUUUUGUGAGCAGAUAAAUCAAACUAUUUUCUGUAAUUGGGAUCAACUGAAACGGUAUCUGUAG